ACCAUGGGCGAGACAGAUGUGGAACAGGUGACCUUGGCUCUGCUCGAUGCAGCUAAUGAUAAAGACUCUGACGUCCAGGCUCAGGUGAGGAAGUCAAUACUGACUCUGGGAAACGAGCAGCCUGACAGAGUGCUUGCUAUGUGUCAGGACUAUCUGCUAAAACACCCCAAGUUGGUCGUGAGUCAUAGAGUUGUGAUUCUUCAAACCAUUGAACUGAUAGUUAGCAGCAAGAUAGAUGCAAUCACCUACCCAAGGAUCAAGAGCAUCAUCUCCUUGGCCUCAGAUGAGAUGACACGAUCUAAGGAAGUUGUCCCUGACUGGCAGCAAGCAGCCAGUAACAUUCUGGUAGCAGUGGGCAACAAACACAUCAAUGACAUAAUGGAGGAGAUACUCAGCAAGUUUCAACCUGGAGUCUUGCCUCACUUUUUUGUGGUUCAGACAUUAGCCAACCUCUCUGAUUCCAAUGUUUAUGGCAUGGUGCCUUUCCUAAAUGCAAUCCUUGGUACCAUGUUGCCUAUGCUAAGCCUUAUCAAACAAGACAACAUGAAGUGGGUCUUCUCAUCAGCUUUGUGCCAUUUCAGUGACAGUAUUUUGGAGUACCUUGCCAAUCUGGACAAAGCUCCAGAUCCCACUGUUAGACAAGACACAUUCUCAAGUGAAAUAUGUGCUGCUUUUGACAUCCUCUUUAAUAAUUGGUUACAAAGCAGAGAAUCGAAGUUGAGGCUAACAGUUGCUGAGGCAGUGGGCUCAAUGUGUCAUCUGAUGGCCAGCGACAAACUGGAAGAGCAGAUUCCCAAGCUCAUUCCUGCCAUUCUUGCAUUGUAUAAGAAAAACAAUGAACACUACAUCAUUAGCAAGAGUCUUUGCCGUGUUCUUGAUGCUUCUGUUAACAUGGGAAGCAGGGUGUUGGAGACCCAGCUGGACAGCCUGAUCUUUGCACUGCACCAACAGGUGUCUUCCUCUGUUGAUUACAGUAACCCUCCCACAGUCAAGAACCACAAUGAGGUUCUUCGUUGCUUCAGUCUUUUGGCAAACGCCUUCCCAGACCGACUGGUCAUGUUUGUUCUUCAGAAGCUAGAGAACAGCAAUGAGCGGAGUAGGUUUGGCUCUCUGGCUGUCCUGCGUCACCUCAUCAACUCCAGCACUUCCAUGAUGGAGACUAAGAAGCUUCUGAUUCUAGCCAGCAUUAGGCAACCAAUGGCUGACCACAGUAACAAGGUUAAGAAGCGUGUUGUCCAGGUAAUCAGUGCCAUGGCCCAUCACGGUUACCUCGAGUUGGAUGGAGGAGAGUUAUUAGUGCGAUUUAUAGUUCAACACUGUGCAUUACCAGACACAUAUCAGCGUGGACAGAAACCUGCAGACCCAGAAGAGGUAACAAAUGAGGCACUGAGGACGAUGUGUGAUAAUACCCUUCAUCUUCUGACGACAACUGUUGCACGUCUGGCUGAUGUGCUUUGGCCAAAGUUGCUCUACUACCUGACACCUCCACAGUACAGCAAUGCAACCACUCCACUGUGUAAGAGUCUGAUUGUACUGGGCCAGAAAAAGAAAGAGAACAAGGAACCAACUUUCAUUAUAGACUUUUCUCAGGAAGUCAAUCUUCCAUCGCCUCAAACACUGAUGAUCAAACUUCUUGUCAAUGCAGCAUUUCCAUUUAAUACCAGAGGUCAUGGAGCUCCGUCACUCUCGCUCCUACAAAUUCUCUCGAUCAACAUUCACCGCAACACAGAGGCUGUCUGGGACAAGGAGAUCCCUCAUCUACUGACUGUACUUGAAGAGUCAACCGCAGAGAGCCUCGAUAAGAAAAGUUGGGAUGAAAAUCUGCUAAAGCUCCUGUCCAAAACUUUGGUGGCUGUUGAUGAUGACACCUGGGUGUGCCAGUUUGCGGCAGAAGCAACAAGUUAUUUGUCCACGUAUAACAAUGCAUUGGAGGAAAAGAGUUUCCUGUAUCAGUGCAUUGGUGUGACCCUCCAGCAGUCUUUCAACAAGAACUUUGUUAAAAAACAGUUGCAGGAAAUCCUCCUCACAGCAAGACACAAUGAUGAUGUUGAAAGAAAGGGUGUGGCUCUCGGCAUUGGAUUGUGUGCCAACAGCCAUCUAGAAGGAACUCUAGCCAAACUGGAUGAGUUUGGAAAGUCAGAUGCGUUCAAGAAAUCUCCAAGCAUCUUCAACCUGCUCAAAGAUCGUAAUGACGUUGAGCUGGAGAAGGUGAAGAGCACAUUAAUCUUGUGUUAUGGUCAAGUGGCUGUGAACGCUCCUCCAGAAAAGAUCCUGAAUCGCAUUGAUCAAGAUAUUCUUCGCAGCAUCAGUAAACAUUUCAACACUAAGGUUCUGGGCAUUAAAGUAGAGACAAAGGAUUUGACAAUGAAACUGAGUUUGAUCCAGAGUGUUGGCCUUGUUGCCAAAGCUAUCAGUGAAUGUGUGAAGAAACAAGGCUACGUCUUCUCCCGCAAACAAGAGCUUAUUGCCGUUAUGCAGGAUUUUAUAAAGGCAGAGCCGUCUGAUGCACUUCGGACCCCUGUGCGCCACCUUGUCAUGAGCACUUGUGCCAACCUAAUGCCUCUUGACCCACCACUGAGUGAGAAUGAAAGUUUUGACUUGCUGAAGGUCUGUGUGAAUAGUGUGUUCUCUCUGCCACCUGAGACACACACUCCGGAGAAAACGACGAAAGAUGAUGAAGUAUUAGACCCUAAACAAAGAAAGGCCUUGUACAAAGACACAAUAUCUUCACUGCACGAGUUACUGAGUAGUGUGCUCGCCAAUGAUCCUACGCCUGAUAGUUUACAGAGUGUAUUCAAGCACGUUGAAUGCUGGUUGACCUCGACACAAGACCAUGAAAGAAAGCGAGCUAUCUCAGCCACUGCUCACAUGCUGACUCACUAUCUGGAAAACAUGACAGUAAAGAACGUGGUGUCCUUCCAUAACCUUGGAGCUCUCCUGGGUCGACUGUCUCCACGUUGCUCAGACCCUUACUUUGCAGUCCGCUUCACUGCCAUCGACUGUUUAUACAUAUUGCUUUCUAUUCAACUACGCUACGAAGGUUUCGCUCUCGACUAUAAAGAUGAUGCUGUGGAGGGUCUAUUGCUUCUUAAAAUCCAACUGGAAAACCCUGACCAUUCAAUUCUUUACAAGACCUGCUCUGAGCUCACCAAGGUGAUGAGUAAGCGUCUGCCUCAGCAGCAAAUGACCACAUUGGUGUUCAUGUUGUUUGAGGGGCUUGUUGACAGUCAGACAAACUGUUGCAGAGCUUCAGCGGUCAUCUUGAACACAUUGCUAAAGAACAGAGGUGGUGGACUACAAGAAAUGGUACCAGAGAUGCUGGAGGUUCUUCACGUUCAGCUACAGAGCAUCGCCGAGGAGCAGGUGAGAGUGGCAGUUGGUCAGACGGUACUAAUAAUGGCCUCUCAGCAUCUCCAGAUCGUUGUGAACACGUUGGUAGAGCAACCACUUCCAUAUGACAGCUGGACCAGUGAGAUGUGGAUGGCUCUGGGAGCAGACCCCAUUGUGGCCAGUCAAAUCAUAGAGAUGGUGAUGGAGAAACUUGCUGUCAUGGCGCCCUACGUGGACAAGAAAGAGUCCAUGAUCAGAGGAGGAACAACCAAAGUGGCUACGCAUAAGCCACUUGCUAUGACAUGUGGUCUUAAGGAUUUGUUAUUAAACGGCCAGUGUCAAGAGCCAGCGCUCAGCAAGUUUCCUCAGCUCUUUGCCUGUCUCAUUGUCCGAAUGGCAGGAAGUGUCGGCGUCUCGGCACCAAAGGAUAUCAACACCAAACGCACUGCCGCCAUCCACGUUGCAGGAGUUGCGGCUGAUGCAUUGAGAAUCCUGCUUGCAAGAGCUCAAUUAGAUGAGGUGUUAAAAAGACUGGAUGAGGAUAAAGCCUGGGAUGCAAUGAAGGAACAGAGCACACAUAACACUGGAGUAACGCUACUAGCAAGGGCGAUGGCAAAACAUGCUGGUCCCAGGUUGCCUGCUAUUGUUGAGUGUUUAUGCCCUUCCUUGAACAACAUCUAUGAGUGUCAGCGCAUCACCGUCACAGCUUUUUUCUCUGAGCUCUUGAACCAUCACGUGGCUACAGAGUUGAUGUUUAUUGACGUGUUAAUGAACAAUAUGAUGGAACGGAUAUCAGAUCCUUGCUGUACUGUCCGCAUGCUGGCCGUGCGGGGUCUUGGAAACAUAGCUGUCGGAUCACCUGAAAAGGUAAAUAAAUAUGCCAAAGAGCUACUGGCGGCCAUGAGUUCAGGCAUGGAGGAGAAAGACGACCCAGGCAAACUUAUUACACUUGAGGCCAUGUCAGGUUUGUCAAAGGUUCUUCUCUACCUGGACAAAAAUAAUGUCCACCUACUGGUGGUUUACAUCUUCAUGAAGAUCAAGCCAUUUUUAGAGAGUGAGAAUGAUGAGAUUCGAUGUGCUUCCAUUCAUCUCAUGGGAAAACUGUCCAAAUUUGGGUCUGGAGAGCCAGUGUUCAAGGACCAGAUCCACAACGUCCUGGUCAGCCUGCUUUUACACCUAGUUGAUCCAAACCCACAUGUGGUCAAGGCUUGCAAAUAUGCGAUGCGUGUAUGCGCUCCAAUGGUGGGCUCGGAGCAGAUCACAACCAUGUUUCAGAACCACCUCUAUGAGGACAAGAGCUUGCACUACGGCGAGUUCAUUAAUGAUCUCACCAAGUAUCUGAUCCAGGAUUUUCCUGGCAUGCUGAACUUCUACCACAUCUCCGUCCUGCAGUUCUUCAAGAGCAACUGGUCUGAAGUUCGAGCUGGAGCUGCCAUGUUUAUAGGCUUUCUAUUGGGGAACCUUCCAGAGGAGCAUUACUCUCAUCUCAACAUGGGCACCAUUACGAAGGGUCUUGUGAUGCUACUCCAAGAUCCUGACCCUGUAGUAAGAGUGAAGGCAGCAGAGGCCAUGGGACAUUUCCACUGA